AUGGCUAAGAAUGAUGCUAUGAUUCAGAGCCAAGCGACAUCCUUGAGGAACAUAGAAAUUCAAAUGGGGAAACUAGCUAAUGAGCUAAGGAAUAAACCACAAGGCACCUUGCCUAGUGAUACUGAAAAUCCAAGGAGAGACGGUAAAGAGCAACGCAAGGCGAUCACUUUAAGGAAUGAGAAGCCUAUGAGCAAGCCACCUCCACCAUUUCCUCAAUGUUUUCAAAAGCAGCAACAAGAUGGUCAAUUCCAAAGAUUUUUGGAUGUUUUGAAGCAACUCCACAUCAACAUACCUCUGGUCGAAGCUUUGGAACAAAUUCCUAAUUAUGUGAAGUUCUUGAAGGAUAUUUUGACAAAGAAGAGGAGGCUUGGUGAAUUUGAAAUGGUUGCUUUGAAUGAAGGUUGUAGUACUAUAUUGAAGAAUAAAAUUCCUCCUAAGUUGAAGGAUCCAGGCAGUUUCACAAUUCCAAUUUAUAUUGGGGGACGAAAAUUGGGAAUUGGAGAAGCAAGGCCAACUACACUCACCUUGCAAUUAGCUGACCGUUCUAUGGUGCAUCCGGAGGGAAAGAUUGAAGACGUCCUAGUACAAGUUGACAAGUUCAUUUUUCCGGGGGAUUUCAUUAUUCUUGACUAUGAGGAAGAUAGGGAUGUAUCGAUCAUUUUGGGGAGACCAUUUCUUGCCACCGGGAGGACGUUGAUAGAUGUUAAUAAAGGAGAGCUCAUCAUUCGAGCUCAAGACAUACAAGUCACAUUCAAGGUUUUUAAUCCUAUACGCUCUCCUAAUGAAGUUGAAGCUUGUUUUGCCAUAAGUGCUUAUAACUUCAAGUUGAUUGAAAAGAUGCAUUGA